AUGUGGGAGGAGGUUUUACUGUGUCUGUUCUCUUCAGCGAUUUACUUUAAUUCGUUGGGUUGUGGAUUCGUCUUUGAUGAUGUAUCUGCUAUUAGAGACAAUCAAGAUUUACGUCCGUCUACAAGUUUAUCGGAGCUUUUCAAAAAUGAUUUCUGGGGGACUCCUAUGAAUGAG